UCUGAGUCUCUCUCUCUCUCUCUCUCUCUCUCUCUAACUUUCUCUCUCCUCCGCCAGCAAAACACUUGGCUCUGCUUCUCUCUCCGAUCCUCCGGCGAGGAAGCAAAAUGCAGCAUUUUGUGGAUUUGCAAGAGAACUCGGAGUUCGGUGACCCGGAUUCAUGGCUUUCAGCGCAAGACCACUCCGUAUCGUCGCUUGCUAACGCCUCCGCCACUGCAUCGGCACCCAAUGCCAAUUUGGAUCGCGUUCUCUUCAACGACCUCGUCGAGAUUGUCCCUCUCGUUCAGUCACUCAUCGAUCGCAAGGCAAGCCGUUCAUUUACCCGUCGUGGUUCCAUGAUCUACACCAAGACACCUACAAGAGAAUCAUUGUCUAGAAGAGCAACGGAUUCCAAAAGUAGGAAUGUUGCUCAAUCUAUUCCUGCCAAAAAGAAAAGGGACCAUGGAGAAAAAGAGCAAGGAAAAAAUGGUAGCAAUGAUGCUGAUAGCUAUUCUAUGCUUUCAUCAAGAGAUUUGCCAUCAGAAAAGGACAGAGAAGAGUUAGCUAUAUUUAAGGAGCAGGUAGAAGAACUUCAGAGGAAAUUGUUAGAGAAAGAUGAACUUUUGAAGUCAGCAGAAAACUCAAGAGACCAAGUGAAUACUUUUAAUGUAAAACUUGACGAACUGAAACACCAGGCUUCGGAAAAGGACACUUUACUGAAGUAUACUCAACAGCAGCUCUCUGAUGCUAAGAUAAAGCUUGCAGACAAGCAAGCUGCUCUUGAAAAGAUACAAUGGGAAGCAAUGACAUCCAACAAGAAAGUAGAGAAACUCCAAGACGAGCUAGAUUCCAUGCAAGCAGAUAUUUCUUCAUUCACGUUAUUACUUGAAGGAUUGACAAAAUCUGAUACUUCUAAAUAUGCUGAUGAUUAUGACAUCAAGCCAUAUGAUUUCAGUCACCUGCCUAGUAUUGAUAAUUUGGACGAGAUGGAAUUGCAGAAAAUGGAAGAAGCAAGAAAAGCUUAUAUUGCUGCAGUUGCUAUUACCAAGGAAAAACGAGACGAGGAAUCUAUUACUGCUGCUGCCAAUGCUCGGUUACAUCUUCAGUCCUUUAUUUUCAAAUCUAAAAAUUUUAACCUGUAAAUCACUUGUUUUAUUCAACGUGUUUACACUUUAGGGGCCCCUUUAGUCAAAAUGGUAAAGCGCUUAUCCUGUGUGUGAAGAUUUGAUUGAUUUACAUGUCUGUUUAUGAACAAAUAUGUAAGUUUAUGCCAUUUUACGUGAAAAAGUGAAAAACUAGAG